UAUACUUAUUUAUACGUAUAUAUAUCGAACCCCCUUUUACUGUAGAUAUUAAGUUAAUACAACUACCCUGAAAUUAUUUUAGAGGGCGGAUACCUGCUCGUAAACAACCAAAGAGCAACUAAUCCCGCCCCGUUUAUUCAGUUUCCGUUCAUUUGCUUGAUUUCUACGGCAGACAGUGACGUGUAUUUGUGCUUCUGCUGAUGACGUGUCCUGAACACGCGUUUCAUAGAGCCGCUGACCGGUGUCCACAAACCGCUAGAUUAGAAACAUCGUCGAGAAGGAUACAACAAUGGGCAUUAAAUUUUUAGAAGUGAUAAAGCCUUUCUGUGCUGUUUUACCUGAGAUCCAGAAACCAGAGAGGAGGAUUCAGUUCAGAGAAAAAGUGCUAUGGACCGCGAUCACCCUGUUCAUAUUUCUGGUGUGCUGCCAGAUUCCCCUCUUCGGAAUAAUGUCAUCAGAUUCUGCAGAUCCCUUUUACUGGAUGAGAGUCAUCCUGGCAUCCAACAGAGGUACCCUGAUGGAGUUGGGUAUCUCUCCCAUCGUGACCUCUGGUCUGAUCAUGCAGCUGCUUGCUGGAGCUAAAAUCAUUGAGGUUGGAGACACACCUAAAGACAGAGCGCUCUUCAAUGGAGCUCAAAAACUUUUUGGUAUGAUCAUCACCAUUGGUCAGGCUAUUGUGUAUGUAAUGACUGGUAUGUAUGGAGACCCUUCAGAGAUGGGUGCUGGAAUCUGCCUUCUCAUCAUCAUUCAGUUGUUUGUGGCAGGUUUGAUUGUGUUGCUGCUGGAUGAAUUGUUGCAAAAGGGAUACGGAUUGGGAUCUGGUAUCUCUCUCUUCAUUGCCACCAACAUUUGCGAGACCAUAGUAUGGAAAGCGUUCAGCCCAACGACGGUCAACACAGGAAGAGGUACUGAGUUUGAGGGAGCUAUUAUUGCUCUCUUCCAUCUGCUGGCCACUCGUACAGAUAAAGUGCGAGCCCUGAGAGAGGCCUUCUACAGACAGAAUCUGCCAAAUCUCUUGAACCUCAUUGCUACGAUUUUCGUCUUUGCCGUGGUCAUAUACUUCCAGGGCUUCAGAGUCGACCUCCCUAUUAAAUCUGCCCGUUAUCGUGGCCAGUACAACACAUAUCCCAUCAAGCUUUUCUACACCUCCAACAUUCCCAUCAUCCUGCAGUCCGCACUGGUGUCCAAUCUUUACGUCAUCUCUCAGAUGCUCUCCACACGCUUCAGUGGGAACUUCCUGGUCAGCUUGCUGGGGACUUGGUCUGACACCUCGAGUGGAGGUCCGGCACGUGCUUACCCCGUAGGUGGUCUGUGCUACUACCUUUCUCCCCCAGAAUCAUUUGGCACAGUUUUAGAAGAUCCAGUCCACGCCGUCAUAUACAUUAUCUUCAUGCUGGGAUCUUGUGCCUUCUUCUCCAAGACCUGGAUUGAUGUGUCCGGAUCCUCAGCUAAAGAUGUUGCCAAACAGCUUAAAGAACAGCAAAUGGUUAUGAGGGGUCACCGAGAAACGUCCAUGGUUCAUGAACUAAACAGGUAUAUCCCGACAGCAGCUGCUUUUGGUGGUCUGUGUAUAGGCGGACUCUCCGUCAUGGCAGACUUCCUGGGAGCCAUCGGAUCCGGAACUGGAAUCCUAUUGGCCGUUACUAUCAUCUACCAAUACUUUGAGAUCUUUGUCAAAGAACAGAGUGAAGUUGGCAGUAUGGGCGCCCUCCUGUUUUAAGGCCCUCUGUGACCACAUAAGACUGACUGAAUUGUGGGUUAAGUUCUUUUUAUAUGAAUUAUGUUUUAUCAAGUGCACAAACUUAAUGCUCUACAUCACGGAUGUGCUUCCAGUGCGCAUCUGGACUUGACUUUACCCAUAACAGCUCACCGGGCAGUAGAGUCAGGAAGCUGAAUUGUUGUAUUCAGUGGAUAUGUGUCAGCUUGAUAUCUUAGUAUUAAGCAGGAGAAUGUAAUCAUCCUUAAUAUUUCACCCUCAGACAGUUUAUUUUGUAUUUACCUGUUAUCUAUUGAACCAGUAUCUAUCUAUAGGUUUCCCAAAUUUCAUUUAAUUCCGUUGAAACAAAAUCAUGAUUGAAACAUACGGACUUGAUGCACCCUAAUCUACACUAGACACAAAGGUAAACCACUGAUUUGGUGUAAAUAAAGCCAGAUUUUAGGGGGGAAUGUGUACGUACGUGUGCACAUUUCCCUGCUGUGGGUGGAGUGCGUAGUAGUCGUUGGAUGUUUCAAUUGUCACAGUUGGUCUGUAUGUCUUGUGAAGAUAAUUGGGUUGGAUAUCCCAAAAAAAGUUUCAUUGUAUUUAUGUAUGAUAUUUUCUUGUAUCUACAUGUCAUUCAUGUUUCUAUAGCUUUUUCAGUCAGACAAACUAGGAAUGUCACCCCAUUUAGGUCUAAUUAACUAUAUUGUCUUUUAUUGGACCAAAUGCUGCAUAAACUGCCUAUUAAAUAAUAUGCCAGUGUUAAUGUUAGGAGUGUAUGGAUUGUUUAUGAAGAAUGUGAUAUUGUCUUAUACAGUGUUGCAGAGUGCUUCAAAAACCUUUCUUUGGAUGGAUGGCAUGAACAUUUCAAUUAAUUAUAAUAUACAGCAGCCUUCCUGGGUUUAAUAAGACCCUCUCUUUUUUUUGGACCAUAUUCUUAGUUGUGCUUUUCAUUGAUGACUGUUCUUCAAAGUGAAACAAUUUCUGCGUAGGACCCUCACAAACUAACAUACCAUGUAGUAAAAUAAAUAUUCAAAACAACUGGGACCUAAAUCCUUUAUUACAUUAUGCAAUGUAUUGAAUAAAUUGUGAACGUUU